AUGUCGCAGUCCGAAUACAUACACGAGGAUGAGCAAUAUUGGUUUGACCGGCGUGAAUUCCUGGAGAAGGCGGGGUAUGCUCUCCGUCCCAAGUUCACGCCAGGAUAUGUGCGCCCACCAGACGUCAGUACGCGCAGCUUGAAAGCGAGGCAUUCGAGACCGAGCAUCAUGGACGCAACGCGCACCGUCGACUCGGCACCCAUCCUGCUCAAGUACAUCUGCAGGACUUCCCAUCCGUACGAGUCGUCCAUCGGGCAGUUCUUCUCUGAGCCUCAGCGCGCCUCCGACCCGCGUAAUCACUGCAUACCCAUUCUGGACGUCUUGCCAGAUCCCGAAGAGAAGGACAGAGAGAUACUCGUCAUGCCGCGGUUCACGGGACUGUACGCGCCCCCCUUCGACACAGUUGGAGAGGUGCUGGACUGCUUCCGACAGCUGUUUGAGGGUCUGGCUUACAUGCAUGAGAAUGGGGUCGCCCAUCGAGACUGCGCUCUCCUCAAUGUCGUCGUCGACCCUUCUAAACUAUACCCACAAGGCAACCAUCCCGUUCGGUUCAAGAUGAACCCCGCAUAUACCGCGUUUUCGCGCCCCACAACGCGCACUCGUUGCUGGCCACGGUAUUAUCUGAUCGACUUCGGGCUGUCGCGCCAAUACUCGAUCGACGGCAGUUCGCCGCCAAGGGAGGAAAUAAUACGCGGGGCCGACAAAAGCCCCCCUGAACACGACCUGUCGCGACUUUUGAAACCGUGCAAUCCGUUCCCUACAGACGUAUAUUAUCUGGGUAACAUGUUGAAGGAGAAUUUCAUCGAGUAUACUGUUCAGAGAAAGGCCGGUCGACUGGGUUGCUACCCCGAUCAAGAAUUUGACUGA